GGCGAUGGAAUGUUCAAAACGUCAGUGUAUGGGAACAUACACAUACUACGUGACCAGUUUAUGGGGGGAGGAGGGAUCUUCAAAAUACCACGCUUGGUCACAGGAGGGUGUCGAUAUCCUUUAGGGAAAUCUCACGCUUUUCCGAGGUUUAUUCAAAUAUGGCGGCCAGGGUUUAGUGCUGUUGAAAGUCACAUUCAUUUAGAUAUCAUUUUGAAGUCACAAUGUAAGUAUGAAUUAUAUUCCUAUACAAUACACGCGUCCGUACUUACCCACUAAUCGUCCAAAGGUAAGACAACGACCUGUCACUGCAGUUUUGUCAAGAUAAGGAUAAAAUUUCCGCCAUCACGCCCAUAUCCUGUCAUGGGGUAUGCUAUCGAGACGAUAGCUUAUCAUCCCGGACAGAUUGGAUAUGUGAGAUGAUAUAAAUAUUGGGCGACGCUGGCAUCUGUAGUACUCGCAGUUUAGCGUGACUCUUAGAAGAUGAAGCUGUUCUUUUUACUGGCAGGAGUCACGGUGGUGCUGUGCGCUGCGCCGCGCGCCCAAAACACCAGGAGUCUGCUGGUCGAAGAACAUUCUGAUGGCGGCUUCCAUCUCACCAUCGCUGACGAUGGAGGAGUGUCAGAGGUCCUCGGCAUCUUAGGCCGCAACGUCGUCGUCGACGACUCCGUGACUUUUGAUGUGACCUCAACCUUCGAUGAGGGCAGCGGCGGUUACAGAAUCACUGUGACGUGGGACGGGCCUAGUGACCGGGUGUUUGAGGACUGCUUCGACUUCGGAAACAAACAAUGGUUCGCCGGCCCCGAGCAGAAGGAGCAAUACUGGCCCCUCCAACACGCAAACCUGAAGAAGUACUCCAUUAUCUCCAAAGAGGACGACAACGCCGCCGUCUCCGAGCGCUACUGGCUCAACUCCGCCGGACACUACUUCUACGUUCACCCCGAAGCACCCCUUUUUGUGGACUACCACAAUAGCCUAGACAACCAUAUUUGCUUCAUUGCUGAAGUCACCGCUCCUUACUCCACUAGACGUACCCACAACGUCCUCAAAUACGACAUCUGGCUGUUCGAGAACACUAAAGUAGCUCACCAACACGCUGUCGACACUUAUCUAGGAAAACCGUCAGGCAUACCUGACUAUCGCAUGAUCCAGUACCCAGUCUGGUCUACCUGGGCGAGAUACUCGAGAGAAAUUGACCAGGAUAGUCUCUGGGCUUUCGCCAACGAGAUUAAGGAUAGCGGAUUCCCUAACGCUCAGUUCGAAAUCGAUGAUCUCUGGGAAAUCUGCUACGGAUCCUUAACUGUUGAUGAGAGGAAAUUGCCUGACUUUAAGAAACUAAUCCAGGAUAUUAAAGGGUUGGGUUUUAGAGUUGCUAUAUGGGUGCAUCCUUUUAUUAACAAGGAUUGUGAUCCUUGGUAUUCUGAGGCUCUGGAGAAAGGUUUUUUGGUACUUAACGAGGAAGGUAGCCCUGAUUCGACCUGGUGGAACAAUAACGGAUCUCUUCCUGGUUACAUCGACUUCACCAAUCCGGAGGCAGCUGCGUGGUAUAGCAGCAGGCUCCACGACCUGAUCGAUACCUACGAUAUUGACACGCUGAAGUUCGAUGCCGGAGAAUCCAGCUGGUCUCCUCAGAUCCCUGUACAAAAUGGCGACAUCGACCUUCACCCCGGGCACAUCGUACAGACCUACGUCAGAGAAGUGGCCAAGUUCGGACCCGCCAUCGAAGUACGAUCCGGAAUGAGGACCCAAGACCUGCCCAUAUUCAUCCGGAUGGUGGACAAAGACACGCUGUGGGACUUCAACAACGGUCUGGCGACUCUAGUUACCACACUACUGUCUAUGAACCUGAACGGCUAUACGCUGGUGUUGCCUGAUAUGAUUGGAGGAAACGGAUACAACGAGAAGCCAAGCAAGGAGCUGUUCAUUCGUUGGUUGCAAGCCAACGUCUUCAUGCCGACGCUGCAGUACUCCUUCGUACCCUGGGACCAUGAUGAUGAGACGGUGGAAAUCUGCAGGAAAUAUACUCAGCUUCACGCCGACUAUGCCGAUGACAUUGUGGCAGCUAUGGAGGCGUCUGUCAGAGAUGGUACCCCUGUGAACGCGCCCAUCUGGUGGCUCGACCCUACGGACGAGAUAGCUCUAGCUACUUGGGAUGAGUUCCUCCUGGGUGAGAAGAUCCUGGUAGCACCCGUGCUGGAGCAAGGAGCGGUGUCCCGUUCAGUGUACCUGCCGCGCGGGACGUGGCGCGACGCCGAGGGCGCGGUGUACGAGGGACCGACGACCCUGGACUACCCGGCGCCCAUCGAUGUGUUGCCAUAUUUCAUUCUCCAAAACUAAUGUUCCGAAAAGCUGGUUUAUCACACCGGGAGCAACUUCUUCUAUACACAAAUUGCCUACUAGAAUACCCGUACAAUCUAUAUGCCGCGCGGGUCCAUGGGCCGAUUACCCUGAACUAAUACCUGGCACCGAUCGGCGUGCUGCAUGACUUCAUUACCCCUCUUGGUUACAACAUAUCAAAUCACGCUAAAUAUUACAAUACGUUACUGUUUCCUGUAUUUCUAUUUAUUAGUGUUUUUUUAAUAAAAUCUACUCGAAUUGAA